AUGAAACGCUCCACCGAGGAUGACGAUCAUUCCAGCUCCCGUGAUAGACAUAGUACCACCCGCAAGUCCAGUCCUAAUGCCGAUGCCAGUGAAGACUGGACUAAAAUUUCCAAUUCCACCGAGCGUCGUCGCGUUCAGAACCGAAUAGCUCAGCGUAAAUAUCGCAAAAGGUUGAAGCGGCGCUUAGAGGAACUAGAGAAACAAGCUGCCACUUCUCAAAAACAGUCACCCGCAGAGCAUGAUUCACCAAAACCACCUCCAACAAAUACCCGAACGAAGAUGCGAGCUUCUAAGUUAAUCUUAAAUCCAAAAUCUCACAUCUCGCCUUCCCCGAACCAAAUUGCUUCCUACGAAUACCACACAGAGUCAGAUGCGCAUUGCCAAACUACGUGUGGUCAAGAAUGCACUUUCCCGCUCGUGGAAUCCCCUCCAACGGUCUUUCCCUAUCCCUCAGUGUCUCUCUAUGCUGUUUACUGGGGAUCAGCUUAUUCCAACUCUCCUACGUAUCACACUAAGCCAAAUGACUACAACGAGGUCGCCGAUUCGCAGACAGAAUAUGACGAUACAAUUCUGCCUCUGACGCCUGUGCUCUAUCCCAUAGAUAUGGAGUACAAAACUAUCUAUGGAGAAGACCUCGACAGUCCGUUUUGCAUGUUUUACGAGACAAUGGCAGGCAUCGAACUAUGUCAACAGCAGCAACAAGCACAAACACAAGGUGGUCUGCGCGCUGGUCUUUCGAUGGCGAACCCAGAGGAGCCUGGACCUUCCAUCAGGUUUCACAGUGUAGUCAAAGAUUUUAAUCUCUCACGGACGAGAUGGUGGAACAGAAAGCAACUUAAUGCGACAAAGAGAUGGGAUAUCCCAGAGCAUCUCGGAUGCUUAUGGAGCGAUCUCGAGCGAGCCUUCAGUCGAGAGGCUGGUGUACAAUGGCUAGUCCGCCGAGUGCGAGUAGAAUCCCUCCUACUCGAGCAAUUGGCGGACAAGAUCAACAAAGAAGGAAAAUCAUUUUGUUCUCUUCAACCAGCAAAAGGUGAAUCGCCUCACUGGAGCUUCCAGAAGCGAAUAGUCACAUCAGAAAUGGAAGAUCAGGAGCUAGAAAUGGAAGAAGACACAAGCUUGACUUCGACUAAUAUCAUUGACUACGUCCUAUGGUAUGGACACUGUUGGGAGUUGGAAACAAAUUUGAUCGUCAUGAAGCCGAAGUCUCAGAUGCCACAUGACUGGGUUUUGCUUCAGAAUAUGGCGAGGAUUCAUCGUGCUCGAAAACUUGCACGCGCAGAUGCAGCCAUCUAUGGUAUCAUGACUGACGGGCGCAAGUGGACUUUUAUGCAUCUUAGCAAGAAUAGUCGGUACACAAUCAAAGUACUUGACUGGAGCAACCAGCAGCAUCAAAUUACUGCUCAAGUCCAAGACAUUAUCGGCCAGGCAGUUAAUCUCUACAGAAGGCAUGUAGCGGCCCGUUCAUCUCUACGUACGCCUACUGUCCAUCAGAUUAGUGACUGUCGCAUCGAAGAGAUCACUGCUUUAUCCUUCGAUCCUAUUGGUGGUAGUGACCGAAAGGCCCACACACUCUAUGUUAUAUAUGAAGUAAUCGAACUGUGGCUUUCCGAUCCCUAUCUGGAAGCGGUCGCCCAAUUACAUUAUGGUUAG